AUGCCGACCUACCCCGGAUCCUGUUACUGCCAUGACAUCGAGUACGAACUCUCUCUCUCCUCGCCUGAUGACGCGCGGACCUCGCUGUGUCACUGUCAAAGUUGCAAAAAAGCGUUCGGAACCAACUACGGCCUGACGGCGAAAAUCCCCAAAGACGCUCUCCGGCUCACGAAAGGCGCGCCCAAGGAACAUGUUGCCGACAACGGUUCGGGGUCGCUGAUACAUCGCGAGUUUUGCUCGAAUUGUGGCAGUUUUAUUUGUGAAUAUGGGGAUGCCGUUAAGGAUCAAUUCCGGUAUCUGUGCGUUGGGUCCUUGGAUGACCCCGAGGCAUUGCCACCCAAGGGGGAGUUCUUUUGCAGUUCCAGGGCUCGUUGGAUGCCGGAGAUUCCUGACGUGUUUCAUAAACAGAAGAUCAAGGAGUAA